AUGUCUCUUCCUCCCAUUUUCUACCACCACUUUCGCAAACCCCUGCCGUACGCCCAGACACUCGCAUUGCAGGAGCGCCUCCACGCCAUCCAGCUUCGAAAUCGCAAAAACUCACCUCCGUCGCAUAAAGACCUCCUGCUCCUUCUGGAACAUCGUCCAGUAUACACUGGCGGCCGACGGCAGACAUCCGAGCAGACAGCAUCUGACCGAGCUCGCCUCACCCAGCUUGGGGCUGAUUUCCAGUUGAUCCAGCGCGGAGGGGAGACGACGUACCAUGGACCAGGCCAAAUAGUGGGAUAUCCCCUUCUCGAUCUCUCGCGUUACUCGCCAGCGAUGGGCAUUCGCGACUAUAUCUGCCGCAUGCAAAAAACAAUGGAAGGUCACUUCCUAGAGAGCCACGGCGUACAACAUGUCCCAUCAGACCACACGGGUGUGUUUCUCGACGCACACACCAAGAUCGCAAGUAUUGGCGUGCAAGUCCGGCAUCGAUUGACGAAUCAUGGGUUCGCGUUCAAUGUGACCAAUGAGCCUUUGGCAUGGUUCAACCAAGUCGUGGCGUGCGGGCUCACGGACGUGAAGGCUGGAAGCAUUGAAAGUGCAAAAGGGCAGGAAGUAACGGUGGCAGGCGAAAUACCUGCGUUGGUGAAGUUGUUUGGAACAGUGUACCAGCGGGACAUGUUGCCAUUGGAUGUAAGCCAGGAUGAAGAGAUCAUUCGGGAGAUCGCCAACCUGGAAGCAGAGGCCAACGCAGCAGGACCAUGGCAUCGUGCGCCACACAGUGUAUAG